AUGGGCGUCGUCUGUGGUCAGCUGCUAAGGAGUACCCGGCCACCGGCGGGCAGCGAGGCUGAGCUGGAAGAACUGGCGACGCGCGCAGGACAGCCGGGUGCGGCGCAGGUGGCGGGGGCGGAGGUGCGGCGGCUGCAGCGAGCCAGGAUGGCCCUCCACCGCUGCGCCCGCCUCUGCAGCCUCCACUUCGGACCCGCACUGCUACUGGCCGUCUUGGGGGAUUUCGUCGUCAUGACUUGCUCUGCCUAUUGGCUCAUAGUCCUGACACCACAAGCAGACAAGAGUGUGGAAGUAGUCGUGAACAUGUAUGCCCUGACUACCGUUCUGUGUCGCCAUCUGUUGGUCUGCUGGGUGUGUUCCUCCGCGGCUGAGCGCACCGACAGAGCUGGCCUAUUGCUGUCGAGGCUGCAGCCCCUGCUGCGUCCCGGGCCAGCACUCGAUGUUCUGCAACUUCCUGUGGACAGAUUACGAGUUUCCGCCAUGGGGUUUUGUCACAUCAACCUCCAGACCUUCGCAACUACUGUUAGUGCUGCAGUCACUUAUCUCGUGAUACUUGUUCAAUUUCAUAAGUAA